UCUUCCCUCUGCCCCCUCCCCUCUCCUCCUUCUCGUCCUCCUCCUCCUCCUUCUCCUCCUCCUCUCAGGCUGUGGUUUUUCUGUAUAUGUUUCUGGAGUCCUGAGCCUGGGCUAAACAAAAGCAGGAGGCUGACGGGGCUGCUGGAGUUUGCAGAGACACAGAGGAGGAGAGAGCUUGGGCUUUGCCUGCCACCGCUGCUGGGGGAGAUCUGGCUUUUGCAACAGCCCACCCCCUUUGAGAUCACUCUGGCCCGGAGUGGGGGUGGGGGGCAGCGGGGGGUGGGGGGGGAAAGUUUGCAUUGCAAUCCCCCUGCCUUCCUCUCCUUUCUCCCGAUCAAUGCAUAUUUGCAAAAGGAUUAAGCCACAGAUUUAAGCGCCGGGAGCCCAUUUCUGCCUUGUAAAGGAGAUCGGACUGAAAAACCAAAAGCCAGCUCUGAUUUCUUUUCGCCAAGUGGGAAGGUGGUUUAUUUUUCUUGCUUUUUGGAGUCAACACCCUUCCCCACCAGCCCUCCUCCCCACCCUCACCCCGCAACCCCUUCACGCCCCCUCCCCCUCCCCACUCCCCACCCUCCCACCAUCCUCUAAAGAGGCAAAGGGAAUUUUUUUCUUCUUCUUCUUUUGGUCUUCUUUUUUUCCCCCUUCCCUGUUUAUCCUGAAAAGGAUUUGAAGACAGCUUGAAGGAUAAAAAGCCCGGUGCUUCCCAGGAGCCGAGCCCAGGCGCAGAAGAGGAAGAGCCGAGGGCUGCCGUAGCCUUUGGAGAUGGACGAGCAGCCCAGGCUGAUGCAUUCCCACGCUGGGGUCGGGAUGGCCGGACACCCCGGCCUGUCCCAGCACUUGCAGGAUGGGGCCGGAGGGACCGAGGGGGAGGGCGGGAGGAAGCAGGACAUUGGAGACAUUUUACAGCAAAUUAUGACCAUCACAGACCAGAGUUUGGAUGAGGCGCAGGCCAGAAAACAUGCUCUAAAUUGCCACAGAAUGAAGCCUGCCUUGUUUAAUGUGUUGUGUGAAAUCAAAGAAAAAACAGUGUUGAGCAUCCGGGGAGCGCAGGAGGAAGAGCCCACAGACCCCCAGCUGAUGCGCUUGGACAACAUGCUGCUGGCCGAGGGUGUGGCCGGGCCCGAGAAGGGCGGGGGCUCGGCGGCAGCGGCUGCUGCAGCGGCGGCCUCCGGAGGAGCCGGGUCUGACAACUCAGUGGAGCAUUCCGAUUACCGAGCCAAACUCUCCCAGAUCAGACAAAUCUACCACACGGAGCUGGAGAAGUACGAGCAGGCAUGCAACGAGUUCACCACCCACGUGAUGAAUCUCCUGCGAGAGCAGAGCCGAACCAGGCCCAUCUCCCCGAAGGAGAUCGAGCGGAUGGUCAGCAUCAUCCACCGCAAGUUCAGCUCCAUCCAGAUGCAGCUCAAGCAGAGUACGUGCGAGGCCGUCAUGAUCCUGCGCUCCCGGUUUCUGGAUGCGCGGCGGAAGAGACGGAAUUUCAACAAGCAAGCAACGGAGAUCCUGAAUGAGUAUUUUUAUUCCCAUCUCAGCAACCCUUACCCCAGUGAGGAAGCCAAAGAGGAGCUAGCCAAGAAGUGCGGCAUCACAGUCUCCCAGGUAUCAAACUGGUUUGGAAAUAAGCGAAUCCGGUACAAGAAGAACAUAGGUAAAUUUCAAGAGGAAGCCAAUAUUUAUGCUGCCAAAACGGCUGUCACUGCUACCAAUGUGUCAGCCCAUGGAAGCCAAGCUAACUCACCCUCCACUCCCAACUCAGCUGGUUCUUCCAGUUCUUUUAACAUGUCAAACUCUGGAGAUUUGUUCAUGAGCGUGCAGUCACUCAAUGGGGAUUCUUACCAAGGGGCCCAGGUUGGAGCGAACGUGCAAUCACAGGUGGAUACCCUUCGCCAUGUUAUCAGCCAGACAGGAGGAUACAGUGACGGACUCGCAGCCAGUCAGAUGUACAGUCCGCAGGGCAUCAGUGCUAAUGGAGGUUGGCAGGAUGCUACUACCCCUUCAUCAGUGACCUCCCCUACAGAAGGCCCUGGCAGUGUUCACUCUGAUACCUCCAACUGAUCUCCCAGCAAUCGCAUCCCGGCUGACCCUGUGCCCCAGUUGGGGCAGGGGCAGGAGGGAGGGUUUCUCUCCCAACGCUGAAGCGGUCAGACUGGAGGUCGAAGCAAUCAGCAAACACAAUAAGAGUCUCCUUCUCUUCUCUUCUUUGGGAUGCUAUUUCAGCCAAUCUGGACACUUCUUUAUACUCUCUUCCCUUUUUUUCUGGGUAGAAGCCACCCUCCCCUGCCUCCAGCUCUCAGCCUGGUUUCCGUCAUCUUCCCCGCCUGCUCUCCUCUGUUCUAGCCUCCUGGGGUCCCUGCCCUCAUCACAUCACUGACGGAUAUUUUCAACAAUUAGAGGAAUUUAAAAAGGAAAAAAAAUGACAAAGAAAAUAAUAAAAGUGUUUGUAUGUUUUCAUGCUGGUGGUUUGAGGAGCCAAAUUUGCCUCCCUCGGAUCCUUCUCUCCCUCCCGAUGUUAACAGGCACUCCUUCUCUGUUUCUCUUGUUAUUCUCACUACCUCUUAGCAGGAAUAUGCCACAUUGCCCUCCUCAUCCCAGGCCUCCCUGUCUCCUCUUGCUCCUGCCCCCUGGGGACAAUCCUGACUGGAACUCUGGCUUCUUUCUUCCCAGCCCCAGGUAUUCACUGGGGACUGCUAUGGGUGGGCUUCUCCAGGUGCCCUGCUUUCCAGUCUAAGCUCCACUAGGUGGAUUCCCAGGCAGGAAGUCAGACAGAAGGGGAGGGCAGGGGGAACAGGAAGGGCAAACUUUUACAGCCUUCCUCCCACUCCUCGUAAUGGCUCCUGGUUUCAGAGGCACAGUCUUUGGUGACCACUACACACGUAGGAAGCGACGUUCAAACCCGACUGCAGAGCAGGCCUCAGUGCGGCCUGGUGCUGAAGGCAUUGGAGGAGUAGAAGGCUCUGAUCCUGAAUCCCUCCACUGCCCUUCACAGCUGUGCACACGCAUGGCGAUACAUGCACACAUACACCCCUUUCCUGCUUUCCCAAGAUGACAUGCGCAAAUGCAUACAUUAGCAGUCAUAGCACUCUCUCUGGUAAACUCAUGAGGGGAAUUAGCUCCAAGUGAAGGUCAGUGACACAGAGCAGCAGCAUGGCCCCGGGGCUUCUAGGCCCAGCAGGCGCUCCAGCUCACAUGUACCAGUGUAGCAUGCCCAGGACUUUCUUAUGAUAAAGGUCAUACUUCCAUGGUCAACUACGCCUGUCCUUACUACUUUUGGAGCUCUCAGGGAGCCACACACAGUACUUAAAAUUGUCUGUAAUGGAUCUGCUUGUUUUCUUUUUGUUUAUUUAUAAGGCACAUUGUAUUAGAUACCCAAAGUGUUCUACUGCCUCGAGUUCUUGAUCCUGACCUUUUCCUCUGGAGGAAAAUGUGGCAUAAGAAUGUGGUUCAAGUGAUCGUUUUGCUAGCUGAAGUUGACAACAGGAGAGGCAUGGGGGAGGGCUGAUCAUGUUUUCCUCGAAAUCAUCACAUUGACUUGUAUCCCCUGGGGAUAUCUAAGAGCAAAUAGCAUACGCUAGAAAGUUAUUGUCUGAUGUCACCUGAGCUUACUGCAUUCUUCAUCACCAAUUCUGCCAGCAAUAAGGAUGGCAGCUCUAUCACUUGAUUAAGUAAGAGGUGGUCAAAUCUUUUGGUGCCUAAUUGUCUUCAUCUUUAAAGGAGGAAAUAUUCUGUUUGGCUCACCAACAGGCAUGUGAGAGACUGAAUAACGCCAACUCAUUCAUAACCAGUCGGAAAAUGUGAAGUUAGGGAAGGCAGCAUCCCGAAGAUAAACUGGUUUUUGCUCUUUCAAGACAAUAAGUGGGGUUUUUUUGUUUUUCUUUCUUUUUUUCUUUUUGUUCUAACUUCUGGUUAUCAUCUGUACUCUGAUGCCACAGCUGUAAUGACACAGAGUUGGUUGUUUUAGCUUUGGGGUGGGAGUUGCUUUGGUUUUCGCCUGUUUGUUUUCUUAGGAUAGAAGAAAGCUUCCCAACUAGAGCAAUAGGACCAGUUCUAUUUGUACUUGAGCCCAAUAGAUAGCCUUCAAAGCAGUUGACACCUAUCACAUCUUCUGUGCUGAAGGGGCUUCCAGGAGAGUUUAGGAGACCCUCAGGGGUAAGGAUGGCCUGCAUACUACUGCAGAAAUGAACUCUCCUCUUGUGUGCUUGGAGAACAUGAGGUUACUACUUCAGAAACAGGAUUUGUGUAUUUAAAGAAAAUUUAAAAAGUUAAUAUUAGGCAAGCUGCAGUUAUGCCUAGAUAACCAAGGACACUAGAAAGACCAUGCCUACUAACCUAUCCUAUGUUCAUAACAGGGCUGGAUGAGUAGGGUGCCUAGAAGGCACACCUUUGUAGCAACUCUAAUGAUGAGAACCAUGGAGAAGUUUGUCUUGGGGACAGGAACAUAUAGGGAGCAAGCAUACAGGAACACAGUUGGAUCGCAUCACAUGACAGGACAAAGUAUAUGAGAAACACAAAGGUUUCUCUUGGAAACGAAGAAUGACUCCUACAGGAUUGAAUAAUUGCCACAUUAAGUUAAUGAAAACUAUCAGAGCAGUGCUACAUGUGCACAAGCACCACCCCACCACCCCCAGCAGUUUGCCCUGGUGAUCACCUCUCAGAGCAUUUUCCCCACCCAGUGCUUUGCUAGGUCCCCUUUGCAUCAGCACCGUUCUCACAUUUCUGCCCUUCAGGCCCACAGUCACAUCCAACAUGGCAGCCAUAGAUCUCUCCACAUUAUCUGGAGCUCCCAGUGGCAGCUGAAGAGUGGGACAGGAACAGCAUGCCUCUGGAAACAAUCUCUGGGAAUUGGUAGUAGUAGAUCAUUCCUACAAGACACUAAAAUGUGCCCAGGGACUUCUUCAUUUUCUAAUGAAAAUGGGAGUGCUCCCAUUUUCCUGACAAUUUUCCCUAGGAAAUGACAGCAGACCUGGGGUUUGCCCACCUGUAACUCUUCAUUGUGUCCUCCUUUCCACCCUAACUCCUCCUUCUGGCGGGAAACUGACUCCUGGGCAGUACAUUGGCCAAGUGGCACCUUCUUUAGAUUUUUUUUUUUAUUUUGCUGUGGUGGUUGUUCUUUAUUUGCUACUUGCCUUCUCUCACACCUUGUUCCCCACUUUCCUUCUGCUCUUUAUUUUUCUGCCCAGAAAAACCUGACUUCGAUACCAAAAAAGAUGAAACUACAGAAACUCAAAUUUAAAAAAAACUUAAAAAAACAAAAAAAUAACUCAACGAUGCUUUCAGCUUUAUUAACAUUUUCCAUUGUUUCUUGCGACUUGUGUCUUGUUAUUUGUAGUAUUGAUGACGAACAUUUGAUAAUGAAUGUUCUUGUAUAUUCAGAUAAAGAAAAAAAAAAACCAAAAAAGCGGUCUGAAUUUAAUAGUGUUUAUAAUAAAAAUUUUAAAAAUGGUCCUCAUAGCACGCAAAACAAGAUGGGGAUUUCCCCUUCUUUCUGUGACAAUAUGCAUCAUUCCUGCAUUAGUUUUUAAUACCAAACUACCUACAUUCAUCAUUUCCUCCAUUUUUCUUUUUAUUUUCUUGCAUUUGUGAAUUAGUUCAAGAAUGCUAGAAAAGUGUCGAGUUGUGCACAUUCAUUUCUUGUUUCACAAUGUUUAAAAGUGACAGUAAUUCAUUUUGUAAACUAAAAAAAAAAAAGGUUGGAAUAGUGAGCAUAAUAGGUACAACCUAACGCAUUAUUAUGUUUAUUAACUUUGAGACCCAGAAAUAAAUUCUUUUCUUUAUUCCUGCUCUUAAAAUACAAAAAAAAAAAAGUUUUGUUUUAUGUUAUUUUGGUUUGUUAAUGGGGGGCUUUUUUAAUUGUCAGGAUUAUGAUCUUGCUAUUUUUGUUCAUUAAAUAUGCAUACAAGGUGAUGUGAAAAGAUGACAUUGUUAGAAUAGGCUGUUUCCUUGUUUGCUUUGCUUCAGAACUCAGCUGAGGUCAAAGACAGAAACAAAACCCAUGUUGAUGUCACAUUGCUGACCUGCAUUUCCCGGAUACGUGGCACUCCUGCAGUCCCUGAGGAAAACCUAUUGGGACUUAUUUCCCCUUUUGGCUCCUUAAAAAUUCAAAGACUAGUCCAAGGGGUCUUUUUAUAUUGCAGGAAGCAGUUUUUGCCUUUCUUGAUUUGGAUUAUCACAAUCAAGUGUGUUCUUUCUCCCGGACUAAUAGCACUAUUCCAUGAGACCUUUUCCAACCGCAGAGACAUCUUCUUCCAAAAGAAUCCACAGAAAACACUGGCUCAGUAGACACCGUGAGCAUAAUAAUGUAAAUCCGUGGAGCAGAUCCUCAGCCUGUCUGCCUGCUGGUGCUCGGUGCUGACUGUGGAUGAAGAGGUGGUGAGAUAUCACCAGACUCCAUGCUAUAGUUUUUUAAUGCCAAAAAGCUAAGCAUGAAUAAUCUGACAGUGUGUGUCUUACUAAUCUCCGAUCUAGAAGUCUUCCUAAAGCAAAUCACAAAGCCAGAUUGCUUCAGUGUGUUUUCAUUAGUUACAGGAAAGAAGAAAGCAGUAUUAUCUGGAAGAAACUUAAUUUUAGACAUCUCUCAAUCAAGAAACAGGAGGAAAGAGUGGAGAAUUUCACAGCACAACUUUAGGAAGCGUCCCCACACAGAUAAAGGACACCUUUAAUAACGACCUUUUCACAUCGCCUUUACGAUUUCAAUCCCUAGCUCAAAGAUUUCUGCAAACUCUAUUAUUAUUUUGUUAACAUUUUUUUUCUUUUGUUAAAAGAAAAAUGUCCUCAACCCUUUCUCUCUUGGUACUUCUUUUCUUUCCUUUGGUGUUUUCAUUUUGAAGUGCUUUCCUUUGGCUGUUGGUUUUAUCUCCCCCCUUUCUCCCCGCUCCCCAUUCCUUGUUAUUCAGAGUAUAAAUCUGCAAAGUUCUGCACUGUUUUGGUUUUGAAAGUUUAAGCUUUUCUGCUUUUGUGAGAGCACAGGCUUUCUGUCCCUUUUGAUUCCAACUUGAACUUUUGUGUUCUCUAAUGAUACUAACACGGUGUAGGUUUUACAGUCUCCUAAUUUGUACUGGUAAUGCAUAUUCCAAAUAAAUAGUUUCUUUUGUUGCAAAAAAUA